CUUCGGGAUGAGCAGGACUUUUGGCGGCUGUGCUGGAACUGCGUGGACUGGAAGAGCCCGGCGUCUUGCCCUUAACAAACUAGAACACAUUUAAGAAGCAAUGUCUAGUCAUCCAUUUUGCGUCUGGCGCCUUUUUUCCAUAUCACUGAACUCUUUUAUAAACUCUGGAGGCUUUUGAGCACUGAAGACCAGAAGACAUAAAUUCUUCUUUGAAUGUUCUUCGUCUCAAGUAGAUGUACCAGAUCUUCUGGAUGAGCAUAAGGAUAAAAAGCUAACCCUAUGAAGCUGAAAAGACUGAAGAAGCCCUGAAGAUUGAUGGAGGGCCAUGCUAUUCAAACAGCAGGCGUUGCUGAGACAGAAGCUCCUUCUACUAGGCAGCCUUGCUAUUGGAAGUCUCCUAUAUCUAGUUGCCAGAGUUGGGAGCUUGGAUAGACUGCAGCCCAUUUGCCCUAUUGAUGGUCGGUUUGGACUCCAUGGCCAAGAUGAAAUUCCACUCCGAGCCCUACAGUUUAAGCGUGGGUUGUUGCACGAGUUCCGAAAGGGCAAUGCCAGCAAGGAGCAAAUUCGACUUCACAGUUUGGUUCAACAAAUCCCCAAGGCCAUCAUAAUUGGGGUGAGGAAAGGAGGAACGCGAGCGUUACUAGAAAUGCUGAAUCUCCACCCAGCAGUGGUCAAAGCUUCCCAAGAAAUCCACUUCUUCGAUAAUGAUGAGAACUAUGCCAAGGGCAUUGAGUGGUACAGGAAAAAAAUGCCAUUUUCUUAUCCUCAUCAAAUAACAAUUGAGAAAAGUCCUGCAUACUUUAUCACAGAGGAAGUACCUGAAAGGAUUUAUAAAAUGAACUCAUCCAUCAAAUUACUGAUCAUUGUCAGGGAACCCACAACAAGAGCUAUUUCUGAUUACACUCAGGUGCUGGAGGGAAAGGAAAGGAAGAAUAAAACCUACUACAAAUUUGAAAAGCUGGCCAUUGAUCCUAACACCUGUGAGGUGAACACUAAGUACAAGGCGGUAAGAACCAGCAUCUACACAAAGCAUUUGGAGAGGUGGUUAAAAUACUUUCCCAUAGAGCAGUUUCACAUUGUUGAUGGCGAUCGUCUCAUUACAGAACCACUGCCAGAACUCCAGCUGGUAGAGAAGUUCUUAAAUCUUCCUCCAAGGAUAAGUCAAUAUAAUUUAUAUUUCAAUGCCACCAGAGGGUUUUACUGCUUGCGAUUUAACAUUGUCUUUAACAAGUGCCUGGCGGGAAGCAAGGGACGCAUCCAUCCAGAGGUGGACUCCUCUGUCAUUACCAAAUUGCGCAAGUUCUUUCACCCUUUUAAUCAGAAAUUUUACCAGAUCACAGGGAGGACAUUUAACUGGCCCUAAAGUAAAGUUCAUAACAACACUGUGUGUUGCACCAGAGAUAUGCAACAGUGUCUCGAUUAGAGUAAAAAUAUGCACUUUUCGUAUCCACAGCUAUCCAAGUAACCCCUUUUUUCAUGCAUACUUGUACAUAUGCAGUGUGUGACCAAAUAUAAGGUGGGAUCAAUUUUUCUACAGAGCAGUGAAUAAUAUAAAAUUUACUCUCUGCAUAAUUGCAUCAUUUUAUGCUAUACAAUUAAAGAGAUGUCAUUUAAAGAAAUUAACUCAGCUAUUCAGUUCAAAGGGUCAGUGCUCUGUUCGCUCCGUAAGAUUUAAUAUCAAACAUAUCUAGAAAGAAGGCAGAAUAUUACUUUAUCAUUCAUUGCAAAAUCUGUUUUGGAAGGUCUACAGUGGGCUAUCACGGAUACAUAUUGCUAAAAGAAUAUUGACCCUUUAAAGGUGUAGAUCUAUGUAUGCUUCAGACUUAUGCUGGUUUAGCAAUCACUCUCCGAGGAAUUGUAUUUCUGUGUUGGGAGAAGGGCAGUAGUGAUCUGUAAUAGAGAAUUCUCACCUGAUUACAAUUUCCAGGAUUUGUUGAGGGAUACCAUACCCAAUAAACUGGUUAAAAACCAAUAUAAGUUUGCAGUGUACAUUAACCCUAUGAGAUGCUGAGCUCUAGUAGAACUCUUUUCCUAUUGUUUGAAAAGAAAUUCUUUCAUGCAAUCAACAUUGUUUCAGAUUUCCUGUGGUGAGUUUGCACUAUUGUUUUUUGUUUUGUUUUUAAUUGUAUGGAUCAUCUUGGCACUUGUAGCAUGUCAAUCAUGUGUCGAAAAGGAAGUCUUUUUUUCCCUUCUAUGCUUGUAUGUCGACAAAGAGAAACCUGCUGUACAUAAUGUAUAUUGUUUGUAAAUACUGGUUUCACACUAAGUAAUUCUAUUUUGUAAACUGAAUAUGGCUAUUUAAUUUAUUGUGAAAAUUAAAUUUAUUGUGGUAUUUAAAAUGGAAUGGAUUAAAAUUGCUAU